AAUCGUAGAGAGAGAAAGCAAUGAAUCUUCUCUCAUCUUCAUCAUCAUCUUCAUCUCCUUGUUCAAAUUCCAGUUUUACAAUCUUCUCUCAAAAUCAUAAUCAUUCAUCAUUCAACUUCAAUGUCGCUGUCAAAACUCCGCGUCUGUCACCUUUCCUCGCUCACCAAUCUUCAUCACCGCCAGUCCUUCAACGGAAACCUCGAUCCACUUCUCCAAAUGAGGAAAUUUCGGAAACGAUCAGUUCUCAGGAACGUAUUACACUAGAUAAAGAUCCUUUGGAUGAGUUACUAGUUCGCCGACCUGUUAUGGAAUAUUCAAGUGAAGAUGUGGAACAGGAAGGAAUUGAUAAACAGGACGUGGAGAGUGAUGAACUGAGUUCUUCGUCUCUAAUUGAUGAAACUCUUACGAAAUUUGCUAAGAAGAUGCCGUUAUUUGAGCCAGGUAGGGUUGAAUCGAGUCCUGUAGAGAGACCUCUGAAGGUAAAUUUGGACCUGGCUUUAUAUAAAGCGAAGGUGAUUGCUCGGAAUUUUCAGUAUGAAGAAGCAGAGGAUCUCCUUUUGAAGUGUAUAUACUAUUGGCCGGAGGAUGGGAGACCAUACGUUGCACUAGGGAAGAUAUUGAGCAAACAAUCGAGAGUAAAUGAAGCAAGGGCUGUUUAUGAGAAAGGGUGCCAAGCAACAGAGGGAGAAAAUCCCUAUAUAUGGCAAUGCUGGGCCGUGUUGGAAAAUAGAAUGGGAAAUAUAAGAAAAGCAAGACAAUUAUUUGAUGCUGCCACAGUUGCUGACAAGAGACAUAUUGCUGCAUGGCACGCAUGGGCAGUAUUGGAGCUAAAACAAGGAAAUGUAAAGAAGGCUAGGAAUCUUCUUAGUAAAGGGGUUAAGUUUUGUGGUGGAAAUGAGUAUGUAUAUCAGACACUUGCAUUGCUUGAAGCCAAAGCAAACCGUUAUGACCAAGCUAGGUAUUUGUUCAAGCAGGCAACAAAAUGUAAUCCCAAAAGCUGUGCCAGUUGGCUUGCAUGGGCACAACUCGAACUUCAGCAAGAAAACAACAAUGCUGCCAGGCAACUGUUUGAGAAAUCAGUCCAAGCAAGUCCAAAAAAUAGGUUUGCAUGGCAUGUAUGGGGAGUAUUUGAAUCUAAAUUAGGUAAUGUCGUCCUGGGAAGGAAACUUUUGAAGAUAGGUCAUGUUUUGAAUCCUAGGGAUCCAGUUCUACUUCAAUCUCUUGGUUUGCUGGAGUACAAGAACUCAGGGCCAAAUACUGCUCGUGUAAUUUUCAAGAAGGCCUCAGAAUUGGACCCAAAGCAUCAGCCAGUUUGGAUUGGAUGGGGAUGGAUGGAAUGGAAAGAAGGAAAUAUAGGUAGAGCCAGGGAGCUGUAUCAGAAGGCAUUGUCAAUUGACUGUACUACUGAAAGUGCUGCCCGCUGUCUUCAGGCCUGGGGAGUCCUAGAACAGAGAAUUAGUAACCUGUCAGCUGCACGUAGAUUGUUUAGAGCUUCUCUAAAUAUAAAUUCUCAAAGCUAUGUUACAUGGAUGACAUGGGCUAAGUUGGAAGAUGAUCAAGGAAAUUCUAUCCGAGCUGAGGAGAUCCGGAACCUAUACUUCCAGCAGAGAACAGAAGUAGUUGAUGAUGCUUCAUGGGUAAUGGGGCUGUUGGACUUUUUUGACCCAGCAGUUGACAGCAUAAAGCGGUUAUUGAAGUUAGACGAAAACUCAGGAGUUAAUGGAAAUUCAGGGAUUGAUAAUGAAGAUGGGGGAGAACAAUCAUCAACUGUAAAUGUAAGUGGAUUUGAUUUAGACGCUUUCCUACGCCAAGAACUCUUUAUUGAUCCAACAGAACUGGAUACUCGAUUCGAUACAUCACUUAAAUCAGUCAUAAUGGUAAGAAAAAGUGUGCCGAGGAUAUGGAAGUCUAAUAAGAGUUCUUCGUCCAACUUAGUGUCUAAAGUCUGAUUUGGUUACCCUUCAAGCUUCUUCUUUUUUUUUUGUUACGACUUCAUCUUGCAAUUCUCCGAGAUAUUGGUGGAAUGAAGAAGAAGACGACCAAAAGAGUUGCACACUCAAAUGUAUGUCACCAAUUAUGUAGAGAAAGCUGUAAAAAGAGGGUAAUGUAACAACCUGUAUGUACAUCACAUGCUUUAGUUUAGUGAAAACAAUAAAAUAAAACUGCCUGCA